AUGGACGGGCAAAACCAACAGAAGCAACAGCCACCUCUGGCCGAUACCUUGGAAAGGUAUAACCAAUUCGAGGGGUCCACGCCCAGAGAGAAGAUAAGAAAUGCGUACGCUCAGUUUCAAACGAGAGCUGCAUCUGUGGCUCCGCCUAAUGAACCCAGCGCGACGCCGUCGUCCACUGGCGACAUCGAAGCCUCCGUACCGGUGCCAAUUCCAGAAACCGCAGCGCCCCUAAGUGUCAGGGUAGACAGAGAUACGACCCACCCCACUGCCCAUCCUGAAAUAGUCGUGCAAGGGGAAGCUCCUGGAGAGGCCCUCCAGGGUGAUGUGCAGACCAUCCAGCCGAGCGCAUUGAGCUUUGCUCACACAGAACAGCCCUCUCCCGGAUCUGCUCAUCUGGGCCCUGCAGAAUUUUGCGUGCCACUUCCGAUGGAUUCGAGGGUUAAAGAUGAUUAUGAGCGAGUCUUAACAAACGAAUCCCAUACCAUUCGGGACUUCCUCAAUGAGUCCCUUACCACCAAGAUCCGCGAGAUACUGUCUCAUCUCAGCAAUGUCGCGACCCACCCUGAUCUCAACAUUGCCGAGCAUAUCAAAGACUCCGACUCAGAUUUCGCAAAAGAAGCAGCUUGGGCAGAAUAUUCUAGCGCCAAGUUUUUGUUCCUGGGCUAUCUUGUGGAGUUCGCCAGCAGCCGAGACAUCCACCUCGUAAUUAUGGUGAAUGGAGAAAGAACUCAAAAGGUCGUUGAGCGCUAUCUCAUGGGGAAGGGACUUGUGUACACCCGCCCCCGUGGGGAAAUGGGUCUUGGUACAAAUUUGGAAGUUUCCAUGGUGAAAGGCUCAUUGUCUCUGGGCAUACAAUCCACACAAAGCGACGGUGUUUUGGAGACAUACAAAGCACCAUCCGCAAUUAUUGCGCUGGAUUCAUCAUUUAAUCCCAAAUCGCCCCCUGUCGAACAUAUGCGGACUACUUUCGCUCGUCAGGGUACUUUACUUCCAGCGAUCCGACUGGUCGUAUCUAACUCGAGCGAACAUGUUGAACUCUGUUUUUCCAACCUUCCUGAUAUCCGGGAGGCGCUCCGUACGACUAUCCAGUAUACCAUUCGUCUCCAAGACAUGGUAGGAGAUUUACAGGAUGAUGCGCUUGGAGUACAGGAAGAUGUGGAAGAGAUCUUAUCUUUUCUACUCUCUGACAACUUCCAUGCGAGCUGGCCUUUGCCUUCAAUCGAACCAAUUACGAUCGUGGGCGCUGAAGAGUUGGAUGCUACUUCGCUUCGAAGUGGAUUCCCGCCUAGUGCGGUUGACAGUGCCCCUUUCCCAGAAAUUCAAUCACAAAAGCGCCAAUACAUCGAGGAGGCUGGUGAGCAAAUAGCCAAGAGAAUACGAAUGGACUUAUCACAGGAACCUACUCAGUUCACUGAGUCUUCGAAAUUCCCCAGCCAAAAUUUGAAUAAUGAUUUGCAGGCACUGGAGCAACAUCUCGUCCAGACGAGGACUGCACAUGCAGCUGAACUGGAGAAGCUGCAAAAAGCCCUCUCCGAUGCACAGUCUCGUCUACAAGAACGGGAAAAGAUCCUGGAGUCCCUCCAACAUCGGUACGAAAGCCGGACCAAGGAGCUUCACAAAACCCGGCAAGAGAGAGAUCGGUUGGCUGAGUCCAAGGCUACGUCGGAACAAAGGGUAGAAAAGCAGAAGGAGGAAAUCGCUAAAUUGAAGGACGAACGAACCCAGUUGAGGCACGACCUGGAACAAGCCCGAGAAGAGUUGAAGGCCGGCGGUGGCAGUGCUGCAGAGCUUGAGACCGCCCGAGAAGAAAUCCGUCGCCUUACUAAGGAGAAUGCUAGCCUCGUACGAAAAGCAGAGUAUGAGAGCAAGCAAGCCGAGUACACCCGUGAACAGUACCAGACCGCUUCCAAUGUGGCAGCACAGUCCGGGAAUGAAGUUCGGCAGCUCCGAGAAGAGAAUGAGACGCUGAAACGCAAAGUCGCUGGUGACGUCAGUCAUCUAAGGGAGCUCAACAUGAAGAAUGAUGAUGCCCGACAUUUGUCUCGAAUCAGCGAACUGGAAGCAACUCUUUCGUCUCGUGAGGAUCUGUUACGUCGGAAGGAGGACGAAUUGCGCGAGAUCCGGAAAAACAGACCAUCGACUCGCUCAACGAGUACCCAGCCACGCAGCCCCAGAAUGAAUGCUGGCAGCAGCCGUCCGACGAGUCCGGGUUUUGGGAAUAAUGGUUCGAGUUUCCCGGGCAGGGGAAGUGCUUUGAGGUUUAGUUCUGAAAUGUCCCUUUGA